AUGAGAUUUAAAAGUGUUCAUAGGGUGCUGACACUGCUGCUUGUGAUGUUCUUGGCAAAAUCAACUGCAACUUCCCUGUCUGAUUCUGAACAAGAACCAAAGAUAGACAUAAAACAAGAUGAUGAAGAAGCAGGCUUAGUAAUCGGUGACCAUUUGAUCUGCAAUGCGGAAGAAUGCUAUCCCAAGGUCUUUGAGCCUACCAAUGAAUGGAAAGUCAUCAAACCUGCUCAAAGAUUACCACCAGGGCUUGAUAUCAGAAUCAGCCUUGAAAAGGGUGUCAAAGAAGCUAAACUAGGUGAGAAUCAAGAGUCAGCACAAAAUGAAUUAGUUAUCGCGGAAACUAACAAACACUCCGAACUAUCUACCAAAGAAGAGCACGAAUUCUCUAAAGAAUUUGCUAAAAUAAGAGAUGUUAUUGAACAAAGUAAUUCACAGAACUGGGUCGAUGUCGAGUCUGUAUUAGACGACCUUGCUGAAUUCGCCCAUGAUUACAAGAAGGGUUUCAAGAUCAUAUCGAAUGAAUAUCAAACACUUGAAUCCUUUGCUUUUAAUGAAUCCGUGCCAACCCAGGUCAGAGAAUUAGCUGCAAGAAUAAUUCUAAGCAGUUUAAGAAAUAAUCCCCCAAGCAUUGAUUUUAUUAAUGAGAAUUACCCAGAAAGUACUACAAAAAUCUACAACGAAUUGAGUAAACUUGGCGACUCUGCAGAUAAUGCCUUGCUUGUCAAAAGAUUUCUUUCAAUGCUAGAUGUUAUAUUUAGUAGAUCAGAAAAGGUUACAAUUAACGAUGAAAUUCUAUGGAGACAUUAUCAGGCUAUGGACCCUGUGUCAAAAAUCAAGGUUCUUGAGAUUAUCUCAAAAUAUUACAAUAAGAACAACGUGAAUACUGUAAAUGGACCAGAUAAAAAUCUAGUGGUAGUUCAAAAAUGGACCAAUGAACUAACCAAUUUCCUUCAAGUUCCUGAACUUGAUGAAUUCCACCUAAGAGAGUUUUUCAAUUGUGUGUGUUUCAUAAAGGAAAACUUCAAAGAAAGUAUCAAGAUAGACACGGAUUUCAUCAACUGGUUAAUUGUUGAAAUUGAAUCACGUAGAGAAAAAUCUAAGGAUGAGGUCUAUAAAAGAGAUGUUGAUCAACUGGAGUUUGAUGAUCAACUUGCACAAAGCAGACAUAUGGUUUUCGGAAAUCCCAAUGCGGCCAGACUCAAGGAAAGACUUUACGAUGAGGACAGUAAUUUAGGAGCGGAUGAGCUUUGA